AUGUACGCGCAACCCACGCGGUACCCAAGUAUAGCUCUUUCCCCACAGUCCUCCGAGACAGUUUGCAAGCAAGCGCCGACGGACCCCAACGGUCGGCCAGAGGGGGAGCAGUGA